CGCAGGGCUGAGGUUCAGGAAGAGGGCGGGGCCCUCGAGCCGGACCCAGGAUGGCGCAGGCCAAUCCCCCUUUGGACCAGGAGCUGGAGAGCGAGCCGCGCAGCUGGUCCCUGCUGGAGCAGCUGGGCCUGGCGGGGGCGGACCUGGCGGCCCCCGGGGUGCAGCAGCAGCUGGAGCUGGAGCGGGAGCGGCUGCGCCGAGAGAUCCGCAAGGAGCUGAAGCUGAAGGAGGGCGCCGAGAACCUGCGGCGGGCCACCACCGACCUGGGCCGCAGCCUGGGCCCCGUGGAGCUGCUGCUGCGCGGCUCCUCGCGCCGCCUCGACCUGCUGCACCAGCAGCUGCAGGAGCUGCACGCGCACGUGGUGCUGCCUGACCCCGCGGCCGCAGCCGGAGAUGCCCCCCAGUCUCCUGGUGCAGGUAGCCAGGCCUGCUCGGCCACCAACCUGAGCCGCGUGGCCGGCCUGGAGAAGCAGCUGGCUAUCGAGCUGAAGGUGAAGCAGGGGGCGGAAAACAUGAUCCAGACAUACAGCAACGGCAGCACCAAGGACCGGAAGCUGCUGCUCACUGCCCAGCAGAUGCUGCAGGACAGUAAGACCAAGAUUGACAUCAUCCGUAUGCAGCUUCGCCGGGCGGGCCAGCUGGAGAGCCAGGCGGCUCCAGAUGAUGCCCAAGGGAGUCCAGACCUGGGGUCCGUGGAGCUGCGCAUUGAAGAGCUGAGGCACCACUUCCGAGUGGAGCACGCGGUGGCCGAGGGUGCCAAGAACGUGCUACGCCUGCUCAGCGCCGCCAAGGCCCCAGACCGCAAGGCGGUCAGCGAGGCCCAGGAGAAGCUGACCGAGUCGAACCAGAAGCUGGGGCUGCUGCGGGAGGCGCUGGAGCGGCGGCUCGGGGAGUUGCCCGCGGACCAUCCGAAGGGGCGUCUGCUGCGCGAGGAGCUUGCUGCGGCCUCCUCGGCAGCCUUCAGUGCCCGCCUGGCCGGGCCCUUCCCUCCCACGCACUACAGCACCCUGUGCAAGCCCGCGCCACUCACAGGGACCCUGGAGGUGCGUGUGGUAGGCUGCAGGGACCUCCCGGAGACCAUCCCCUGGAACUCCUCGCCCUCGGUGGGGACGCCUGGGACCCCUGACAGCCGCACCUCCUUCCUGAGCCGCCCAGCCCGGGGCCUUUACAGCAGAAGCGGGAGCCUCAGCGGCCGGAGCAGCCUUAAAGUGGAAGCUGAGAACACCAGUGAGUGGGCACCGAGGCCUGGAGGGACAACGGGGGAGCCAGCGCCCCUCCCCCACCCCCAGUGGGGGCCAUCAAAGAUGUCUCCAGACAUUGCCCGUGUCCCCCGGGUUACUUUCCACGACCCUGUCAUUGAGAGGAUACCCCGGCUGCGAAGGCAGAAGAAAAUUUUCUCCAAGCAACAAGGGAAAACAUUUCAGCGCGCCAGGCAGAUGAACAUCGAUGUUGCGACCUGGGUGCGGCUGCUUCGAAGGCUCAUUCCCAAUGCCACGGCCACGGGCACCUUCAGCCCUGGGGCCUCUCCAGGACCCGAGGCCCGGUCUACGGGCGACGUAUCUGUGGAGAAGCUGAACCUCGGCGCUGACUCGGACGGUCUGCCCCAGAAGAGUCCUCUGGGCCCUCCCUCCAGCCCAUUGAGCCUGAGUUCCCCGAUCCAGGAAGCCACCACCACCCCUGAGCUGCCUUUGGAGACCCAGGAGACCCCAGGCCCCGCCCUGUGCAGCCCUCUGAGGAAGUCACCCCUGACCCUCGAGGAUUUCAAAUUCCUGGCGGUGCUGGGCCGGGGUCACUUUGGGAAGGUGCUGCUCUCUGAGUUCCGGCCCAGCGGGGAGCUGUUCGCCAUCAAGGCUCUGAAGAAGGGUGACAUCGUGGCCCGAGAUGAGGUGGAGAGCCUGAUGUGUGAGAAGCGGAUCUUGGCAGCGGUGACCAGAGCAGGACAUCCCUUCCUGGUGAACCUGUUUGGCUGUUUCCAGACGCCGGAGCAUGUGUGCUUCGUGAUGGAGUACUCGGCGGGCGGGGACCUGAUGCUGCACAUCCACAGCGACGUGUUCUCUGAGCCCCGCGCCGUCUUUUAUUCAGCCUGUGUGGUGCUGGGGCUGCAGUUCCUCCACGAACACAAGAUCGUCUACAGGGACCUGAAGUUGGACAAUUUGCUCCUGGACACCGAGGGCUAUGUCAAGAUCGCAGAUUUUGGCCUCUGCAAGGAGGGGAUGGGCUAUGGUGACCGGACCAGUACAUUCUGUGGGACCCCGGAGUUCUUGGCACCUGAGGUGCUGACAGACACGUCUUACACGAGGGCUGUGGACUGGUGGGGGCUGGGCGUGCUUCUCUACGAGAUGCUGGUUGGAGAGUCCCCGUUCCCAGGGGACGACGAGGAGGAGGUGUUUGACAGCAUAGUCAAUGAUGAGGUUCGCUACCCCCGCUUCCUGUCAGCUGAAGCCAUCGGCAUCAUGCGCAGGCUGCUGCGGAGGAAUCCAGAGCGGAGGCUGGGGUCCAGUGAGAGGGAUGCAGAGGAUGUGAAAAAGCAGCCCUUCUUUAGGACACUGGGCUGGGACACUCUGCUGGCCCGGCGCUUGCCACCUCCCUUCGUGCCCACGCUGUCAGGCCGGACCGAUGUAAGCAACUUCGAUGAGGAGUUCACAGGGGAGGCCCCCACGCUGAGCCCGCCCCGCGACGCACGGCCCCUCUCGGCCAUUGAGCAGGCAGCCUUCCGGGACUUCGACUUCGUGGCCAGGGGCUGCUAGCCCUCUCCCCUGCCCCUGCCCUUGCCCUUGCCCCGACCAAGCUCUUAGUAGUUUUUAAAAAGGCCUUUGCGGUUUGCCCCAUCCAUGCA